AUGUCGACCAUGGAAUGCUUGAAGAACGACUUCGUUGAGGGCCAACUUUUGGAUGGUCGUUUUCGAACUGUGGCCCCUCUCAACCAUGGGUCCUUCGGAAUGGUCUUCCUGGCAUCAGAUAUCCAGACUGGCCAAGAUGUCGCCAUCAAGUGCCUACUCAAGAACUCCUCAACGGAAUCCUCGAAUGAUCGCUUUGAGGAACUUGAGUGCCACCGACGCUUUGGCUACCACCCGAACCUGGUCAACCUCAUUCAUACAUUCGACACUGAGAACCAUACAUAUCUCGUUCUGGAGUACUGUGCUAAUGGUGAUCUAUACGAGGCAAUCCGCCUGAACCGUGGUCCGUUGGAGACAGAGCAUGUUCGAGACUUCAUGUUGCAGCUGAUUAGUGCCGUCGAGUUCAUGCAUGCCAAUGGCUUGUAUCACCGUGACAUCAAGCCGGAGAAUAUCUUCCUGACUCAUGAUGGCUCUAUGAAGCUGGGAGACUUUGGUCUCGCUACGCGGGAGUCCGUGUGCCACGAAGCGUGUGUCGGUAGUGACCGCUACAUGGCCCCCGAGCAAUACGAACCGCCCGCGACAGGUUAUUCCCCCGCUAAGGCCGACAUCUGGUCCGUGGGUAUCUGCUUGUUGAACAUCUUGUUUGCUCGGAAUCCGUUCGUUACUCCCACCGAGUCCGACCUACUCUUCGCGGACUAUGUACGGGAUCGCCAGUCGCUGUUCGAUAUCUUCCCCAACAUGUCCCAGGAUACCUAUGAGAUUCUGACCCAUGCUUUGACCAUCGACCCCUCGAAGCGAUCCUUGUUGGAUGUGCGCGAUUCCAUUCUCCGCGCUGUUUCGUUCACCACCGAUGAUGAGUCACUCGAUGAGUUCUGCACCGAGGACCGCGAGGUUGUCACUGCCAGUGCCAAUCGCGAACCCCUCCGGACUCCUUCUCUCCAGAGCCCCCAUGUCAACCAGGGAGAUUCCUUCCCUUGGGCCAAGGCUCUCCAGUCGAGCCCUCCCCAGGCCAUCCGGCAACUUUCCGUCAUCCCGGACAACGAGAGCUAUACCGAAGAUUUGUUCCCCGCUUCCGAAGCUGCGGGAGGCUCCUGGUUCUCUUCUCACAUGCCGACUCCAUCCAUGGCCUCCGUUAUGGACUCUCAACUCAGCGAAUCCUUUGCCUCGCUCAAUCUUCGCAAGCGCUUUGUGCCAACUCUCCCUCGCUCAGAUCCAGUUCCGAUCACUGGAUCCCUGCCGUCCAAUGUCACGAAGCCAUUGCCUUCUCUGUCCAUGGUGUUUGGCAAAAACCAAAGCGCCGACAAUAUCUCUAAGAGUUGGUGUGACAUGUGGGACGAAGAUGAGUCUGAGAAUGAGGAUCUCGCUGUGAUGCAACGGCGGGAGCAGAACUCUCGCAGUUGGAGCCAAGAGAGCCAGGGAGCCGCCCUCCCAAGAUUGCGCGAGCCGGACUCCGCUUCUCCUACUCAGGGCUCUUCAGCCUCAAGCGUGGAUACCAAGAUGCAGCGCCUUGAUCUGGGCGAUCUCUCCCUCGAUGAUGACAGCGACUCCAGCACACCUCGUCCCUUGCAGAACUCUCCGCCUGAGUCUUCUAAUGCAGACAAGUGGUCGAUGCUUGGUGAAGUCCGACGACAGUACAAGCCUGAGGAAGAACCUCGCAAGUACAUGUCUCGCAAAUCCCGUGAGGUCUUUGGUCCCAAGGGCAUUGUCGCUAACACCCGGCGACACGAUUGGGGCCGAGGUACCUCUGGGUACCAUCAGGCCAAAUCCAAGCUCGCAUCGCCAGUCGACACUCGCCGCCGCCACCUACUCGAACAGCAGGAUUGGCGCAGUCAUGUCCCCAAACGCGCCACUCCUACUUACGACGGGGACAUUGACGAUGAUCUGGAUCUCGUCGGCGGAUGGCAUGAGACUCAUUUCUAG